CCUGCUCAUCCCAUCCCACCACCGCAACUCCAAGUCACCGGCGCUCGCUACCAACUCGACCGGAUCCUUCGCGAUGGCGCGCACGAAGCAGACGGCGCGCAAGUCCACCGGUGGCAAGGCGCCGCGGAAGCAGCUGGCGACGAAGGCGGCGCGCAAGUCGGCCCCGGCGACCGGCGGCGUGAAGAAGCCGCACCGCUUCCGCCCCGGCACCGUCGCGCUCCGGGAGAUCCGCAAGUACCAGAAGAGCACGGAGCUGCUCAUCCGCAAGCUCCCCUUCCAGCGCCUCGUCCGCGAGAUCGCGCAGGACUUCAAGACGGACCUGCGGUUCCAGUCCUCCGCGGUCGCCGCGCUGCAGGAGGCCGCGGAGGCCUACCUCGUGGGCCUAUUCGAGGACACCAACCUCUGCGCCAUCCACGCCAAGCGCGUCACCAUCAUGCCCAAGGACAUCCAGCUCGCCCGUCGCAUCCGCGGGGAGCGCGCCUAGGCGUCUCGUGACCUCCGGAUCUAGAUAGAUGGCUUCUAGAACAAGAACUUGCAAUGCCUAUUAUCACUGUUGAUCUCUGGUUAUCAAUGUAAAUCGCUCAUCUUGGAUGCGGAUUUUCUGCCGAAGUUUCGCUCGAAUCAUUUCUUGUCUAGAAUUUGUUUGUGUUGCUGUCCUGUUUCCAUUUUGCUUCAGUGUUAUCAAUCUGGCAUGUUAAACUGGGCUGUAAUAAAUCCAGCCCGGCCCGUGAGCAGUUGGCUCUCUCUGGCCCGGCCUGCAGCUCAAGGUUGAGAACUGAGUUAGGCCGGCCCAUCCUACAGAUUGCUUCUGUCGCUGUCAGCGUAGUCGUCAGAGGUUCCAGUUUUAAGAU